CUUUGCCUCUUUGGGUUUUCAGACUACCCUCGUGACAUCCCUUGCACGGAGGACCGACAUUGUGCCACCUUUUACGAUCCGUGUGCGUCUAAUCCUUGCAGCGCCGAGGGAACGGAAAAAUGCGUUCGUGGUCCAAAGGGUGGUCAUGCCUGCAUCUGCAAGGAGAGAUACGGGGGUCCGCUCUGUGAAAAUAAAAUACACCCGUGCGAUUACGAAAACCCGUGCUUUGGUCAAGCGACUUGCGUGAAGCAUCCAGUUGACCGAGAACGGUUUUCGUGCAGCUGUCAGUUGGGCUGGAUGGGAACACGGUGCGAAUACAGAUCACAAGACGGUGAUACUUGCACGACUAGCGGCCAUUGUAACAACAGGGGUCAGUGUCUAAAACGUAGCUCGCGAAGGACGUGUCAUUGCUCGUUUGGUUAUCACGGUGUCCAUUGCCGACACACCGUCGACAUGGACGACUGCCUAGUUCGACCUUGCAAGGAAGGCGGACAGUGUAUCAACCAUCAAGACGGUUACAAUUGUUUCUGCAAGUUCGGACGCGCUGGGAAGCAGUGCCAUAACGUGAUCGAUUUUGUCGAUUGCAGUAAUCAUUGCCUCAAUGGAGGAAGGUGCGACUCUGAUCUCACAGGGUCACCCGUCUGUAGGUGUCAAAAAGGCUACGGGGGAGACUUUUGUACCGUUCGCGACGUCUCCAAGUACCGGCGCUACAAAGGUGGAACGAUCUGUAAAAGUCAGAGCAAGGGGUGGCUGCAGUUUCGCUCUUUGCUAGGGCGAUGGUUUUUGAUGGCCCUCAAAAAUAACACGUAUAAUCCACCAGAUGCCUGCGUACAGUUAUCGUUCGUCGACGAAGCCAAAGAUCUCAAAAACGUCCGACCUAGAAACGGUUCACUCGCCAUCCGGUAUAUGGCAAAACGAAACGACACGUCCUCUCAUCACAAGAUAGAAAAGGUAACGAUCGACGAAACACGGUCCAUCGUGUAUCCUCUGGUAGGAGACGUAGGAGAGAAUGGAAUAAGAGGAGGCGGAGGAGGAGCAGGAGAAGCAGCAAAUGGCACCGUCGGACUCAUGAUAACAGGACGUUUGGUACGACUGUACGCGUUUCCCUUAACGAAAUUGGCGACUCAUGACGAGCAGACGAUCGAUUUUGGCGUGGUUUAUUCCUCUGAAAACUUCUUAGUCCUCCAUUCAUGCAUUCAAGAUAAAACUCACGGCCAUUUUGAUUCGCUCUUAGUUCUGGGAAGGGAAAAAGACGAUACCGUAAAACUUGCCAUCGUCUUGCAAGAAGUCUACAAAGAGCUGCCAUAUGUUGCCGGAAACAUGGUUAUGGUGGAAAGGGAUGAGGACUGUAAGGACUAG